AUGACUGGUCCUCCAUCACUGUUGAUAGAGGAUUACCUACGGGAAGCGGAUUUUUGGCAUGUGGAAAUGAUAGGCCGGGGGUGUAAGUUGGACCCGAAACUUAUUAGCGCGUUGAUAGAAAGGUGGAGACCCGAGACGCACACAUUUCAUCUUCCAUGUGGAGAGUGCACUAUCACUUUGGAAGACGUGCAUUUGCAAUUAGGAUUGCCGGUGGACGGGGACGCAGUCACUGAAUCUGUUCAUUCUGCUGAUUGGGGAGCAGUAUGUUACGAGCUUUUGGGUGCUAUUCCGGAUAAUAUUAACGGAGGUCGGAUCGAGAUGGACUGGUUACGAGACACAUUUCCGAAGCCGGAUGAUGAUUCUACCGAACUAGAAAAAAUUCGAUAUGCUCGAGCAUACAUUCUUCAGAUAAUUGGAGGUUAUCUGAUGCCGGACUUGUCACGAAACCUUGUACAUCUGAGAUGGCUGCUGAAACUUGUUGAUUUUAGAGCAGCUGGUGAAUUUAGUUGGGGGUCUGCCGUGUUGGCAACACUGUACCGGGAGAUGUGCGGGGCUACGCGACCUAAUAAAGCAAAAAUCGGAGGUGGAACCAUUUGGCAAGUUAUGCUCGAUUACCUACCUGCCUUGAAGAUAUACGGUUCUAAUAGAGCAACGGUCGGAAGCACAAGUCCCAUUGGUCAACUUUGCUAUUGUGGAGAUGCACCAAUCAGACAGAGUAUUACGGCAAUUUGGAUUCCGACAACCGAUUCUUGUGGCACCUGA